AUGUCGCAUUGGAGGAAGAAGACGCUUGACAUCGGCUGCUACGUCGGUUCGCGGACGGUCCGUGAUCAUACGAAGCGAUUGGUGUUCGAGCAGCACGAAGCGGAAAGGCAAGCACUACGCUAUGUCAUCCGAAAUACGAGUCUCCCGGCGAGAGCGCGUGCUGAGGCGCAGCUUCAGCUGCAGCAGAUGAGCAACUACACCCGGCCAACCCAGAUCCGCAACCGAUGUACCAUUGGAGGCCACACCCGUGGUGUGUUCCGCGACUUCAAGAUGUCUCGCUUCAACUUCCGCAUGCAGGCUAUGGCCGGAGUUCUCCCUGGUGUGAAGAGGGCGUCCUGGUAG